UUGGGUUCCUAUGUUGUUGAACAUAAAGAUACUGACGAACGGGAACGCAUAACAUUUAUUGAUUACGUAGAUUUGUACGGUCCAGCUUUUUUAGCUGGACUGAGAACUGAUGUUAUAUUGUCCGUUAAUGGCACUAGUGUCACUGAUUGGAGUCAUGACGAGCUGGUAUCUCAGAUCAGUCAGUGCAGCACCUUACGCAUGGUUCUUCUUUAUGAAAAUUAUGUGCGUAAGAUCGAAUUAUGCUGCCGUGCUAUAAAACUUCAGGUAAAAUUUUAUAUUUACUUUAAAUGUGUAAUUUCCUGCUUUCUUCGUCUAGUGGUAUUUGGUCUUCUACUUCAGAACAAUGAAAGGGGAUGUGCUCGUGUGGAUGCGAGCCUUAGCAUUUUUACUGCAAAUGUGACGCUCACCCAUUCAGCUGCUAUUGCUUUGUGA